AUGGCAGGCACCAGCAUCAAUUACGCACACGCAGCAGGCAUCUACUCCAUUGCCGGCGCCGUUAUUUUUGCCAUUGUCUACGCCCCCCUUCUUGGCCUUUUCUUCUUCAAAAGCAUUCGCCAGCCGACUUAUGUCUUUAUCGUUCUCACCUUCUUCUGCUUCGUUCGUAUCAUAGCCUUCAUCCUCCGCGCCGUCCUUGCAGGGUCAUCGUCGGCCGCUCACAAUGAGCACGUCCUAAUCGCAGAGGAAGUCAUCUACAGCGUAUCUUUCUUCGGUAUGCUCUACUCUGCGUAUACCCUUGUCCUUGACCGAGAAUCGCUCAUCGACAUGGACGUCAUCAUGAGCUAUUCGCCCGGACCCGCCAAGCUGCUAUUCCGCAUAAUGCGUGCCCGCAUGGUCAUCCGAGCGGCCCUCAUGGCAGCCGUCGUCAUUGGCAUCAUCGGAUCCGUCGACUACGAGACUGCCUCGACGCUGUCAUCGAUCAACUCAGCGGUGAACCUGCGCAGCGCGAGCGUGUACAUUUUCCUCGCCGUUGCCUGUCUCCUUACCGUUAACACAAUCGUCCUGAGUGCGGCGACGCUCGGCGGUGUCCAGAAAAAGCCAGCGCAAGCGGAGGCGGACCAGGAAACACAUUACUCUACGAGCGGGGCCUUCGUUCUGUUGGCGAUCGCAGCCCUCAUCCUUGCACGGGAGGCAUUCUACGCGGGUACAGAGCACAACCUUUCCAGGCAAAACAACGAGCACUGGUGGUAUCCCUUCUCUGCUGUCACAGAGCUGAUCGCGGCGAUGCUCUUCCUCGUCCCUGGGCUCGUACCUCCACGCCGCGAGCUCCCAGCCGAGACCCGCGAGCUCGCCUUCAUUUCAUGA